AUGGGCAAAAAGCGGAAAAGGCCCAUCAAGGACCGCGGGCCCACGUCCUCGUCUCACAUGGGUAUCACCGCAUCUCCCCGCCGUUUCAGAACCUCCUAUGCGUCAAUUUCCCUGAAGACAAAAAUAGACCAUCCCAUUAUCUCCCUGUACUACCGGCAUGUCGUAUCCUUGCGGGAGUACCUGCUCCAGCAACUUCCCGUGACCUCCAAAUCACGUCGGCGUCGCAUCCUGACACUAGACUCGCGUGAAGACAAGGACUCCAAUGCACAGUCUCAAACAUUUGCGGAGCUACUAGACUCCACUCUGGUAGGUGUGCUGAAGGAAUCUUCCCCGACCCUCAAUUUGGAGCGACAAAAGCAAUACUCAUCUUUUAAUGAGUCUCAAUCGCGGUCGAUUCUCGUCAGCACCGAUACGGGGCCGACUUGUCCGCAGUCUGAGGUGGUUGAUUUUGUGAUCUGGAAACUCUUCAAUCAUAACAAUGGCACCUACCAAAAGCCCGAGCAUUUGCUGACGCAUGGCUUCCAACGCCCGUAUAAUGGGCUAAACGCUCAACACACUAAUGUCCCAGGCAUUGUGUCUCAAUUUCCGAAUCAGAAUGUCCGGGUUCUCAAAGAGGGUGCAUGGGCAGAGGUCCUUGGCUUGCUUGGUAGUAAUGGCGAGGAAAUCAUGAUGCAGCUCCUUUUCGAUUGUGGAAUUUUUGCCCCUAUUAACGCUCGAAAGGGCAUAUACUACCAACUCAGCGGUCUGCCUCUCUCGGUCCUCGAGCCUUUGAGCAAUGCGUCCUUGGUAACCAAUGGGUCUGCUGCCACAGAUCAAGACCCAAUGUCUGUCACUGGUCAGAAACACCCCAAAGAGAAAACUGAAUGCAAACGGAAUUCCAAGAAGGCAAUCCAAAGCCCAAACAGCAUUGUGUUUCUACGGCGGCGUAUCCUCUAUGGACGUGUCGAGUCCAAAAAGAAAGUACCCUCUGGACUAGGACAGACACAUGUUCUUAGCCGCUUCUCAUCGCUUGAUUCGAUGGCGCAAACAGUCCAUGUAAUGAAGUACAUCUUUCCCCGACAAUUUGGCCUGCUGAAUGUAUUCAAUCUGGACUCAGAUGGCCGCAAUAGCAUGGAUGACUCGAAGAGGUUCAUGUUCCGUGAGAGUGAGAUAUCUCGUCUGGAAGAGGAGAAACGACUACAGCGGCCCCAGCCCCCGAUUGAAUUCGCAGACGCAGAUUGUGGAGGCGAGAGAACUAUCAAGGUACCUAAGAGGCUUCGUGGAAUUACCAUAGAGCUCGUCCGGAAGCUCCGGAACCGCAAUGCACAAUGCUCCUACAAAGAGUUGCUGCGAUACUAUUGUCCAACCGAACAAACCGGACCCGGGAGACUUGGCGCAUUUGCCUCCACACCUGAUGCCAAAAAAAGCGAGCCUAUCUCGUCUCUCCAGUCUAAUUUAGUAUCACAGAUUCAAAUGAACCACUCGUCACCAAGUGAUAGUUCGGUGCAGACCAGAUUAGAGCCGCACAUGGCUGUCGGCGCAUCUUGUGGAAUUGAUGCCGGGAAACCGGUAAUUCAAAAAACCCAAGUCAGUCUAACUGAAUAUGCGACUCCGGCGUCUUCUGUCUCAGCAUUUUGUCGAGCGGUGAUCCAGAAAUUGAUCCCCCGACAGUUUUGGGGGGUUGGCCCGGAUGGUAUUUCGAACUUAAAGCUUGUUCUCAGACACGUCGACCGGUUUAUCAAAUUACGCCGAUUCGAAAGUCUAAGUCUGCAUGAAGUCUGCAAAGGUAUCAAGAUAACAAGCAUUCCUUGGCUAGAGCCACCCCAGGUCCAGACUACUUCACCAUCUAAGACAAGGUCGAAAGUCGCCCUGUCUGACUUGCACAAACGCACCGAACUACUUCAUGAAUUCAUGUUUUGGAUUUUCGAUUCAAUUCUUAUUUCUCUCAUUCGUUCGCACUUCUAUGUCACCGAGUCUCAAACGCACCGAAACCGCCUUUUCUAUUUCCGCCAUGAUCUGUGGCAGCAUUUGACUGAGCAACCUUUCGGGGAAUUGAAGGCAACGAUGUUCGAGGAGCUCGAACCAGAUCGAGCCCAACGGGUGCUAGCACGGCGGUCCCUUGGUUUCGGUGCUCUCCGUUUGCUUCCCAAAUCUACAGGCCUCCGGCCCAUCUUGAAUCUUCGGAAACGAGCCUUGAAGCAAUCAACAUGGGGGAAACAGCCCACGUACCUUGCCGCUAGCAUCAAUACAAGCAUUACGCCUAUAUAUAACAUGUUGACUUACGAGCGCCAGCAAACUCCUGCCAAAUUGGGCUCGUCGAUGCUCUCAAUUGGAGACAUGCACCGCCGAUUGAAGGCGUACAAAGAACAAUUGUCCAAACGGCUGCCCUCGGUCUCUAACCCUUCGCGAUCCAAGCUCCCACCAAUGUACUUUGUCAAGCUUGACAUCAAAGCUUGUUUUGAUACCAUCCCCCAGAAAAGGUUGCUUGAUCUGAUCGAAGAGUUGGUCUCUGAAGAGAGCUACCACAUCUCAAAGCACACCGAAUUCCAACCACCCGCUCCAACUGCGCAACAAGGGAAACCCACACGAAGAUUUAUGAGCCGCGCUGCGCCCGCGAGGAAACAACAACACCUACCCGAUUAUGUCAACAGCGGAGGUACGGUGCAUAAGUCCAAUACCGUUUUUGUUGACUCUAAAGCUCAAAAAGAACAUGAUGCUGAUGGUCUUCUGGCCCUCCUCGAUGAACAUGUCCGGCACAACCUCGUGAAGAUAGGCAAUAAAUAUUUCCGCCAACGCAACGGCAUCCCUCAAGGUUCUGUGCUAUCCAGCAUCCUUUGCAACUUCUUCUACGCAGAGCUCGAGCGAAAGAUACUGGGUUUCAUCAAACCUGAGAAUUCUCUACUCUUGCGACUGGUGGACGACUUCCUCCUGAUCACACCAGAUGCAGCCGUAGCAAUGCAUUUCCUGGAGGUAAUGAUCCGAGGCCAACCAGCGUACGGCGUACAAGUCAAUCCAGCCAAAAGCAUGACCAAUUUCAGCGCCGCAGUUGAUGGGAUUUUGCUCCCCAGACUAGAAGGGACCUCAUUAUUCCCGUAUUGUGGCAGUCUCAUCGACACCCACACGCUUGAAUUCCACCGCGAUCGAGAUCGCAUCCUAGAGGGCGGCGAGUCAGCUGCUGCUACUCUCUCCAACACCUUAACUGUUGAGGCGUCCCACCUCCCCGGCCGCACCUUUCACCGCAAAGUGCUCUCCUCAUUCCGCCUACAGCUACAUGCCAUGUACAUCGAUGAUGGACACAACUCGCGCGCAGUUGUGCUAGCCAACCUCUACUGCAGCUUCAUCACUUCUGCCAUGAAGAUGUACCGCUAUAUGAAGUCACUUCGGGGCCGUGCGCACCCCGGCCCUGCGAUCAUAACACAGACUAUCCGCGAUCUGAUUUCGCAGACGAACGGCACGAUCAAGGCCCGGCGUGCUGGUAAUUCGGAGUCUUCAUUUUCGUGUUUUGUCCAGCGGUGCCAUCUGCAGUAUCUGGCUUCUGCGGCGUUUCGGUUUGUUUUGAAGCGCAAGCAAACACGGUAUGCGGUGGUGCUCCACUGGCUAGACUCGCUGAUCAAAGAUGCUCGACCCACAUCAGAUUCCGAGGCUUUAAGGAUGACGCAGGUGGUGAAGAAGGGAAAUGCGAUGUUUGAGGAAUGGCGGUUCUAG